UACGAUCUGAACUGAUCUAAUCCCAUCGACAUCAAGCCAAUCGAAUCCAAUCCAAUCGAAAGCAAACGGAAGGAACCCGCCAGCACGGAUGAAAACGUAACGUAGCCGCGACGUUGGAGCCACAACACCACUUCCACCGCAGCGGACAUCGCAAACAAGUAAAUUACCAUUUCUCAUUUUAUCAAACAGAAAUCUGCCAGCCAAGUACCAAUCAAAGCUAAAGCUAAAGCAAAACCAAUCAAAUCAAAUCGAAUCAAAUCAAUGCAUCCAAAUCCAAGUCAAAGUCUAAGUAUCCAAUAUCCAAAUUGCAUAAGAGUCGCGUAUGCGCCGCGAGCGUUUCUUGUCGCCCACAUCCACUUGGUUGGAGCUCCAGCUCCCAAACCCGGCCCCAAAUCCGGUCAUCCGCUCGAGGAGACAGCGCCAGCCAAGUCAAGUCAGCGCAAGAAAUAACGCUAGAUUCUCGAUUCUCGAUUCUGACAAGCGUCAAGCAAACAGAACCGAAACGAUACGAUACUAUACGAUACUAUACGAAACGAACCGAAAAGCAGAUACUCAAAAGAAAAGAAAAGAAAACAGAAAGAAUACUGAUAUUGUGUAUAGAUCAUCACUACAUCCGACAUGUCGGCGGCCCGUCUGCCCUACUAUCAGCAGGAUCAGGACGACCACCACCACCACCACCAGCAGCAGCAGCGGCGCGCCGGUCGUGGCCAUCAGCGCGGCUACAACGAGCGAGCCUCCGGUGGAGGAGGAGGAGCUUCGUCUAGGCGGGAGCGCAGUCGCUACAGUCGCAGCCAUUCCCGCUCUCGCAGUCGCUCCGGGGAGCGCUCAGGCCAGCGUCGCCGCCGGCAGCAGUCCCGCUACCACAGGGACCGCGACUCCAGAGACCGCUCCAGAGAUCGCUCCAGAGACCGCUCCAGAGAUUGCUCCAGAGAUUGCUCCAGAGAUCGGUCCAGGGAUCGCGACCGAGAGCGGGAUUACUCGCGACGCUCGAGCCACUACCGUCGGUCGGAGUCGCCGACCACUGGUCCGGGCCCGGGAUCCAGUAGCAACAGUAACAACCAGCGAAGGGGCCACCAGCCACCAUCCACUGGCAGAUCGGAGAUGAGCGCCGUACAGAAGGCAGCCGCAGCAGCUGCCGCUGCCGCAGAGCACGUCCAGAUGGCCGGCAAGAGCAGCGCCGCCGUCGCCUCGGCCGUGGGCGCCUACUACAACCUGGACACAGACGAGCCAUUCGACAAGGAGCGCAUCCACCGCGAGAUGGAACAGAAGCUGCGCGAAGCGCUGGCCAGGGAGGGCAAGGUGUACCCACCGCCUAAGCCGGAGCCGCCUUCACAUCCCGUCUUCGCCAACGACGGCUCAUUCAUGGAGCUGUUCAAGAAGAUGCAGGAGGAUCAGAAGCAGCAGGUGGGCAGCCAUCAGCUGCUGCAGCAGCCAGCGAUCCUGGCCGCCGCCGGAGCAGAGGAGGUCCUGCAUCAGCAUCAGCAGCAACAGCAGCAGCAGCAGCAGCAGUUGACCCUGGCGGAGGCCAGCACAUCGCCUGUGCUGCCGGCGAUUGCGGUGGGGGCUGCCAGCAGUGCUGCCGCUCCGUACAUAGCCGCUGCGGCGACAGGCAAGCUGGCGCCUCCACCUCCGCUCGUGGGACGACGACGUGGCGGAAAGGUCCUGAAGACCGGCGUGGUGGCCAAACUGAAGACGCCCAAUGAGAGCGACGUGGACCCGAAGGAUUUCUGGUCGCUGUAUCUGGCCGAGGUCAACAAGUACAAGAGCAACGCCUGCGACACGGACAACGGCAAGCGGCCGCUGGUCAAGUAGUAGCGGCCACAGUCCUGCUCCUCAUAGAAACAUGAACUUGAACGCAGGCAGAAGGGCAAACGUGAACCCAGACUUGACUCGAUUCGACCAGUUCCCCUCCCGCCCACUGCGAUCCUCUCAUCCCCCCCUCCCCCAUGAAGAUUUUGUACACGAGAAUAAGCUAUCACAGAUCCGUAGUUUGUAGUUAUAGUGGAGAGAGCUUUCGAGCUGCAAGCGCGAGCAGUGUACUUUGUAUUUUUUUUUUUUUCACACGGGUCGAGGGCGGCUAGUCCCUCGAUAUACACAUUAUAAAAUAAUCAUAGUCUAGAUCGUAAGCCUUAAUUUUAGAAGAUCCAUACGAGAUGUAUCUCUCUAUAUAAUAUGAUAUAUAUCGUUCAUUAAGCAA